CCGCCAAGCAGGGAGGUGACAUGCUGGGAAGCCUGUUCCAUGUCAUGCAGUCCCAAAGCAGUCCAGGUUGAGGAAGUACAGCAGAGAGCAUUCAACAUGAUCCUGGGAAUGAAGGAGCUGACUUUGGAGGAGAGACCAGCAAACUGCAAGGUCUUAAUUUGAAGAAGGCUGAAGAAAGGAUACAGAGCUCAGAUGAAAUCAAAAGAACGAUAAAGUUUGGAGGAGAAAAAGAAGCUGCAAUUGCUUUCCUGGUCUGCAGUUUGACAGGGCAUUAAGAUGUCCGUGGACAUGAACAGCCAGGGCUCUGACAGCAAUGAAGAGGAUUAUGACCCUAAUUGCGAGGAGGAGGAAGAGGAUGAGGAUCCUGGGGAUAUUGAGGAUUAUUAUGAUGGGGUAGCUAACGACGUGGAGCAGCAGGGAGCAGAUGCCUUUGAUCCAGAGGAAUAUCAGUUCACCUGCCUCACUUACAAGGAGUCGGAGAGCACUCUGAAUGAACACAUGGCCAGCUUGGCUGCCACGUUAAAGGUAUCACAUGCUGUUGCAAAGCUAGUAUUAGUUAGUUUCCACUGGCAAAUCUCAGAGAUUUUGGAAAGGCAUAAGUCUAAUGCUGCCCAAUUGCUAGUAGAAGCACGAGUUCAGCCCACCUCAUCCAAACAUGCAAUGGUACAUUCCUCCCAUCACUGCGCAGUGUGCAUGCAGUUUGUCCGGAAGGAGAACUUGCUCUCCCUGGCUUGUCAGCACCAGUUCUGUCGCAGCUGCUGGGAGCAGCAUUGUACAGUGCUUGUCAAGGAUGGUGUUGGAGUCGGGGUCUCCUGUAUGGCUCAAGACUGCCUACUUCGGACACCAGAAGACUUUGUGUUUCCAUUGCUGCCUAGUGAAGAGCUGAAAGACAAAUACAGGCGCUACCUCUUCAGGGACUAUGUUGAGAGCCAUUAUCAGCUGCAGCUGUGUCCUGGUGCAGAUUGUCCCAUGGUGAUACAGGUACAAGAGCCAAAAGCCCGGCGAGUGCAGUGCAAUCGUUGCAAUGAGGUCUUCUGCUUUAAAUGUCGGCAGAUGUACCACGCACCCACAGACUGUGCUACCAUUCGGAAGUGGCUCACCAAGUGUGCAGAUGACUCUGAAACAGCCAACUACAUCAGUGCUCACACUAAAGAUUGUCCCAAGUGCAAUAUCUGUAUUGAAAAGAAUGGAGGCUGCAAUCACAUGCAAUGCUCCAAAUGCAAACAUGACUUCUGCUGGAUGUGUCUGGGAGAUUGGAAGACUCACGGCAGCGAGUACUACGAAUGCAGUCGGUACAAAGAGAAUCCUGAUAUUGUAAACCAGAGUCAGCAAGCACAGGCCAGGGAGGCCCUUAAGAAGUACUUGUUCUAUUUUGAGAGGUGGGAGAAUCACAAUAAAAGCCUACAGCUGGAGGCACAGACAUACCAACGAAUCCAGGAGAAAAUCCAAGAAAGAGUUAUGAACAACUUGGGAACAUGGAUAGACUGGCAAUACCUACAAAAUGCUGCAAAACUCCUUGCAAAGUGUCGUUACACUCUGCAGUACACAUAUCCAUAUGCCUACUACAUGGAGUCUGGCCCCAGAAAGAAACUGUUUGAAUACCAGCAAGCCCAGCUGGAAGCUGAAAUUGAAAAUCUCUCAUGGAAGGUGGAGCGAGCAGACAGCUAUGACAGAGGGGACUUAGAGAAUCAGAUGCACAUAGCAGAGCAGAGACGAAGGACCCUGCUGAAAGACUUCCAUGACACAUAAGACAGGAGGGAGUAACAAAGCGCAGGGGUGAGAGCAGCGAGUGAAGUGAUGGCAGCUUCACCAGGAUAAGCAGGCACUGCCUCUGGGAGAACACAGCCAAGGACAAAGCCACCCCUCCCCUUGCAAGUCAGACACAUGCAAACACCACAUCUUAGUCCGGUUCGUUCUCUUAUCUUUCUGUUUCUGUUCCUGCCAGGCUAGAGGCCAGAGUUCAGAUUGGCAUAUUUCCUGGGACAUUUCCCUCCUGCCCUCGAUGGUUGCAGAAAGGGAGGGAGUUUUGCUCUGAAUGGCUGUUCAUAGUAUUAGAUCAUGACAAUUGAUGUGAUUUUCAACGGUUGUACAAUUAUACAGACAAACCUUAGAAUAACACACAACCCUUUUUAAAAAUAAAUUGGCAGUGGAGUGUUUUUCCUUAAUCUGCUUGUAAAUUUAAUGGGCUUUUUCUUUUUUCCCCUCUCUCUCCCUUCCUCUGACCCAAAAAAUCCUCCUGGGCACUGAAGGGGAGGUUACAAAAUGUCUCAGCUACAUUCCCCUAUGCUUUUUUAACCAGGGCAAUGUAGCAUAGGUAUUGCAUGAGGAGAGUGGCUGGUGUCAAGAGUGGCUGCUGCUGUGUCUGAUCCCCACAGUACCAGCAGUGGCUGUGAUUUAGGAUGAUUACAUGUGACAUCUCUUUUCUUUUAAGUCAGCUGUGCAAAAUCCUGUUACACUAACAAAAGCAAACAGAGGAAUUGUAGGGGAGAGACCAGUUUAAUACUCGGGUAUAUACCUUGAGUCAGGUCAGAUUCUGCAUUUGAUAAAUUUUUAGGUCUUCCAUGUAGGUUUUUUGCUUUACUAGGAUUUGGGGUUUUUUUUGUUGUUGGGAGGGUGUUGUAUUGCCAAAGUGAGUGAUGAGGAAAUAGUAGAAUACAGUUGUUAAACAAGGCUUGGGGCUUUUGGAGAUUUGAAACAAUCCACGUUAUUUAACAGUGCCAUGCAGCCUGGUAAAGAUUAUUUGUGCCUGCUGGACAAUAUGGCUGGGAAAAAUUGAUCCCAUUUUGUCAAGGUGAAGCUAAACACUGCUACGUUCUGAGGAGAAAGUAUUACUUACAACACACUCCCUGGCACACGUUGGCAAUGUGAACGGGCACUUGAAUGACAGGUGCACUGCUUGUGCAGAGCCUGCACCAAGCCAGGCAGAAAAUUAACUAGCAAAAUUAAUUUAUUUAUAUAUUAGUAUUGAUACUGGUGGGAACUUACCAGAAAACUGAAUUGUUAGGAGCAUGUGGAGCUUUUUUAUUAACAUUCUUUUUUUCUAAUGUAAAAAAUAUACACUAAAAUAAAAACCUGAAAACCUAGUUCAUCUUCGUAGGGGUUAACAUGAAAAAGGUUACUCAAGUGCUGAUGGUUGCCUGUCUGCUACAGGGAGCAGGCCAUGUGUUAAGAUUUCACAGGCACCUGCACCAGAAGCAUGUUUGCAGCCAGUAAGGUGGAGCUGGAGUCUUGGAUCUGAGGAAAUCCUCACCUUUGUGGGAUUCUCUUCAAUGCUGUAUGUGAAAGUGUUGCCUUUGAUGCCUCCCUGUAUUGCUCUUAUACAAUGUCACUUGAUUAAGAUUAAACUGGAGGGAGGGGGGAAUUACUGAAUUCUUUCAUGUCAGAAUAAGCUAAACCUGCUGUCGGAGCCUUUGUCAUGUACCUGAGACACUUGCUCCAGGUAUUUUGCAGCAUGUGUAAUUGGGCAGGUGGAUUUUAACAAGAUGCAUCAGUUUAAAAGUGAAGUAGCUGUCACAGGAGCUAAUCCUGUGGCCAUGUUUAUUUUACACAGCAGAAAAUGUCAAACUGAGAGGCCUUUUCCUUCCUCCCUCCCAUGGUGUGGGAUGUACCCUCAGGGAACAGGGGAAUGUACUGCCCAGGAGCUGCUGGCAGUGGAGUGGGGCUUACAACAGAAGUGGCUGAGGGUAGAGCAGUGUUUUAGGGAGGUGUCUGGAGCCUGGAAGUGUGAGAGGGAGAGAUCAGCGCUGCUUGCUGCACAAGAGGUCUCUGAACUGUGGCUCCUUGUCUUCCUCCUCUGUCCCAUCCUGUCUUCUUUUGCAAAAGGAGCUAGGUAGUCCUUGCUCCAGCUGCUGUUUCUUGCCUUCAUUCCCUCUCCUGCUCUUGCCAGCACCCUCUUAGUACCCUCCUCAGAAUAUAUUCUGAGAGGUCAGUCUCUUCCUUCCUCUCCCCUUCCCAAAUGAUUUGACAAAGUCUGGGCACACUGGACCUAGGAGAAGGGAUAGUGUUGGGUGAAGUGUGAUGAGACCCAGCAGUUUUCAGUGUGUAGAACUAAUGUUUAAACUAGUCUUUAAAAUGUCAUAUACAAAGUACUAAUUAGGAUAAAAGCUGCUGUCCUUGUCUAACGUGACUAUCCUAACACCUAAUCUCUUUGCAGAACAGGUAUGUGGAGUUUUCCUAAUCCCAAAGAGUUCUCACUUCUGUUAUACAGCUGUCCAGCUUUGGGCUAGAUGAGAAUGGGGUUUUUUGUGCCUCUCUCCCUCCUCCUCUCUCCCAUGCCCCCACAAAAUGCUUUGCUAUGAAUCCUUGUUUGUAGACAAGCUAGACCAUGCUAGCUGUGGCCAAACAUUCUGAACAGACUGCUGAGAUGCUUGGCAGAGAAACAGUAAUAAAUAUUGCACAGGGCACCCCUUAAUUAUUUCAAGUCUUCUGAAACUAUAGUGCUUUGUCAGCAGUUGUGUUUACUUUAGAAGAACACAAAACACCCGUUCUGAAGGUGGUGGAAGUCCUGCUUUGCACAUGCAGAUCCCAUCUCUGUACUCUAGGAAAACAACAGGACUUUAGCUGCCCAGGCAGAGCGACUUCAGUAUCGAUGCCAUACAGAAAGUCAUAUACACCGAGACAAAACGUGCAUAGCACAGGAACUAUUGACACUGUGAGGUGGCUGACACUGUGGGAGAGGCACCCAAGAGGAGGGAAAUAGGAGGUCUCCAAGCCAAAAGAUGAGGUCGGUUUUUUUCCCCCUCUAAUAAGUGCACAGCCCUGUUUGAGCCAGCGAGUUAUUUGAAUGUAGGUGGAUAGAAAGUGGCUCAUGAGCCACUGAGGUACAGGUUUCCCGGUGGUGAAUUACUGCCACAGAUCUGGAAUGUUUGAUCUCUUCUUUUUUUCUCUUUAACUCUUGCACUCCUUCCCAGUCCCUGCCCCACAUGACACCUCUCCGUCCUUGCACCUGAUGCUCUUUUUAUUUCAGCUUUGCAUUGGCUGCCUCGUCUCUAAUAGUCCUCAGGCUUCCCAGACUUGUAACACUGAUCACAUAAACUGCAUGACUGCUGCUCUGCCUGCUGGCGAAGGUGCCGUGCCCGUCGGGAUGGGGGCAGCAGGAGGUUUCUGUACUAUCCUCUUGCACUCUAAGUUUUGAACUUUCUAAGCAGGUGAAAAAAAUAGAACUUUAUUUUUAAAUGAGGCACUUGUUCUGGCAAUUCCUUUCCUCACCCCUGUCUGGUUCAGGCUGUGGGAUAAGGUGGAGGGGAGGACUGUGCUAUACCCCCAACACGGCCUCGGGGGCAUCCACACUGCUGCUGCCACCCCUCGCUUCUCUUCCACAGACCCAGAGAGGGGCAGGGGCGACUAGAACCGCCUGGGAAACGGUUGCCAGAACUGUGCCCGUGGUUUAUUUCAAAUAAAUUGUGACUUUCUAACUUC